CCGACGCGAAGUGAUACACCGUUCCUUAUUCGUAAUUUAAACUUCGUACUCCCAUCGAAAACUCUGACACUUCACACACAGCUUAAACAUUGACGUUCGAAAACUUAGUGAAAAGUGACAAAAGUGUAAUUUUUUUUUUAUCGUGAAUUUUAUAACAAUGUGUAAUGUAAAGUUGAUGUGACAAGUUGCGGUUAAAGUUCAGAACCGUUCUGGAUGUACGUACUAGUUUAUAUAUUGCGUGUAUGAAUUUACUUGUAUUAGCUAUACAAAGUGCCGUGUUAAGAAAAGAACAAUUUUGAAGAUAUCAUAUUAAAAUUUCACUGGUAUGAGACAAGGACAAAAAGAACUCUAGUGAUGUGACGUACAUAAUGUGGUGUCGCGUCACUCAGACGCAGCGGACUGUUGAACUAGUGAUGUGCAAUUGACAAAAAUAUCGAUAGUCGAUAAAAUCGUGAAUAAAUAACGAAUGAAUACACUCAUGCUGACGACAGGUACAAUAGAAGAUCAGCCCAUGGACGGCAAUAUGCCUUUUUCUUCUUACAACAUGAUGGACUCAGGAGGUGCAGGUAUCGAGUCACCCCCAACAUACCACCGAAGUUACGAACAGUACGUUCAAGGAGCUGUUGAGAAUAGCACCGAUUCAGUUCAAGAUCAGACCACCCCGGAGCUUGUCGUCUGGUCUACGCUACCAUACGGCUUGGAUUACAGGGCGCAAUACGACUACAGAAGCCCUUAUGAUACAUCUCGGGAUUAUUCUUCCCAGCAAUACGCAAGAGCGCCGUUUACCACAAAGAUGGGUCAGGCGAAAGCUUUAAAGGAAGCUAGGAUACGAAGACCCAUGAACGCAUUCAUGGUAUGGGCGAAGGUAGAGCGAAAGAAGUUGGCUGACGAGAAUCCUGAUCUUCACAAUGCUGACUUAAGUAAAAUGCUAGGUAAAAAAUGGCGUUCACUUACACCGCAAGACCGGCGACCAUUCGUGGAGGAAGCUGAAAGACUGCGUGUCAUCCACAUGACGGAACAUCCAAACUACAAAUACAGGCCACGCCGACGAAAACAAAACAAAGCGAGACCGAACCAGCCCGCCACGCCAUCUAGUGCACCACCAUCUGCCUCAGCAACUUUAGGAUCUCCUUACGCCAACGCCAACGACUCUCCUGACGCACGUUUUUCUCAUAACCCGGGAGCUGGUUUCUCCCCUUACCGAACCUCACCUCUCGCUUCAGACUCUUAUCAAUCUAACCAGUUUAACGGCCACGUUCAAACCCCCGAAUCAUCACCCGCUAGGUCUCCUGAGCCCCAAGGAAGAAGAAGCGCACCAGCCGAAGCCCCUUUGCCUACCCCAGAUGCAUCGCCAGUAGAAAAUGAAAAAGAAAAUUUCCAGUACGAGGAAAGACGACGAGCCAUUAACGCAUCGUCGAUGUCGGACUCGUAUUCCUACAAAUCAUAUCGGACGCCUGGUUCAUUUUCUCCGGCUCCAGUCGCUGCUAUGGGCAUGGCUAAUGGUAUGUACGUAAUGUGCACCCAAAGGACAUUAGCUGAGCAGCCACCAUUGGUUACUGGCACGUUUUUCCCGCCAGUAGCAACGUCUCAAGAUCAGCAGGCCUUGGGAUCAUCUGCGCCAAGAGUUUCGUCCGCACCAAGUGGACCUCUGACUACGGAGUAUAGCAUUCAGUAUCAUCCGUACGACCAGUACGAUCAGAUGUAUAAAACUGAGGAUUCCUAUGUUUCACACUACCCUGACCAACCUAAAACUGAGUACGAAGAAUAUAAUGCAGGUGGAACUUAUUUUGCGGAAGAGCCACCGAACCAGCCUCAAGAAACGGAUCAAGGUAUGAUGAAUCCUCGAACUGAGAUGCGAACAGGGUCUCCAGAAUCAGACCUGGAUGCACGCGAGUUUGAUAAGUACUUGGACUAUGGAACGGAAGGGGCCAUGGAGCAGUACAGAUACGAACAACAGCAGCAGCAGCAAUAUAGACAGCAGUAUUGCGGAGAACCAGCACCUGGUCCGGAAUACUGUUCAGAGAGAAUGUACCCCUCUCCUUACGCUUCUGUAAUCUCAGGAACUCCCCCCGCGGGACCGUAUACACCGGCACCCCCUGGCACAGAUGUGAGACCCGACGAUGAGUUCAGCGUCAUACUCGCGGGUGUCAGACAAACAUGCUACAGCAACUGACUAUAAGAAAAUUCUAGAAAUAUAGGAACUCUUUUAAAGUAGCCCAAAGAGUUAUUUUUUGAGAUCGGUGAUGUAUUAUCGUUAUAAAUAUAUAAGCUUUGUUAUCAUUGAAUCUUGAUUGUUCAAAACUUUUUUUUAAAUAAAAUGAAUUGUUUUUAAUGUAAAGGAAAUUAAAGCUAUUAUUACAUUUUUUAAAUAUUCGAAAUUGAAUGUAUUUCAUUCAAUUGUCACGUGAUUGUCUUGUUAGUAUGUCAAAUGUAUUAUCAUAUUGUGUAGGCAAGUAAGAUGGACUGAGCGAAUAGCCCUCUAAAAUUGAACUCCUUACCACUUUCUGUGAGCUACACUUUCGACUUCUACUUUGGAUAGAGAAAAUUACUGGUCAAAAGAUCGCUUGUUCUCUUUCAUAACCGACCUUGGUUUUACUUCAAAGCUUCGUCAGUCCACACUCUGUCUCAGUAUAUCCUCAAGAAAAUAUUCCCGAUUUUUGUAAUCAUUUUAUUGUAAAUAUAAAAAUUAAGUAUUUUUAGAUCCAUUUUUAUUCGAAUAAUCAUUCGUUGUGAAACUCGAAAUAAAUGUUGAAUUAUUGAGCUUGAAAUAUCAGGUGUUGUUUCUUGUUUAAAAAAAAAUACAGUAGUAUUUUUUUUUUAUUUUUUAUAUCGUAAACAACUGUUGAUUAUUAUGUAUUUGGUGCUAAAUACAACAGUACUAAUAUACAAAACCUAUAUCCAGAGGUAUCGUUUCCUAUGUAAAAGAUUAUUUAUUUGUAUACUAUUUUUGUAUAUUUUAAAAAACGAAAAAAAAAGUGAAACAUUAAAAAAUUAGUUCUUCCAUUAAGGCUGUAGAUAUAGUAAUUCAAUUAUUGUUAGUUUAUAAUUUGUCUGUAUAAAUUGUAAGAGCAUAUAAUGAAAAUAUCUCAUAGUUUAUAAUAUAAUUUGUACUAAAAUUUUAGUUGAAAUAUUAUUAAGUUUAAGCAAUUUUUUAGUUUUAGUUGAAUAAAAAACUCGCACUGCGAAACUACGACCUUCCUGUUUUGUAAGAAAAUUUAUAAG